UCAAGCUUGCCAGGCGGCAGGGCUGGGGUUUGUGCGGGUGUGUUUGAAGAGGCAAGUCCGACUGAGUGCCACCCCUCCUCCCCACAGGGAAAGGAUGGAGUCUUUCACAUCGGGUUCUUGUGCUCUCUUCCCCUCAACUCUCAGGUUCUCUCUCCUCUCUUUCUGUCUGUCUUCCCUCUGACGGGAAGCUCCUGUGAAGCUGCCUCGUUCAAAGCACUCUAGGAAAGUGCCCCAGGGAGGGAAGCUGCAUGGGUGGGUUAGUUUAAUUUUUUAGGUGGGGAUUAUUGAGGCUCGACCCGGUUCAGCUGUCCUUGCCUGCUCGACUCUCUUUGGGGGUUGUUUGCAUAGAACUUUGUUGGAGAAUGGUUUUGAGAUCUUGGGCAAGGACUUAUUCUGGAAGCCUCAGUUUCCUUUAUAGUGAAUCCUGGCUGUCAUAAAGAUGUGGUCUAAUGAGGAGUGGGAGAGGGAUGAGUCAUUUGCCCAACAAGCAAGCUGGAUGCUGAUUAGCUUUCAUAUCUGCAGUGUCUGGAGGGAGGUGGCAUUCAGCUCCAACAUUAGCCCCCACCCCAGGGAGUUGUGGAACCUGCUGAGACCAGUUGGCUGACAGAGAAGUGAGUCUUUUGAGAGGGGUGAUUCCAUAGAACACAGCCUGCCCUUGUGUGUACAUGUGCUUUGUUAUGGGGACAGGCUUAAGGUAAAAAGCCCAAGGCCAGCCUGUCAGAGGACAUAGAAGGGCUGCCUUUUGUUGUUGUUGUUGUUGUUGUUUGUUUGUUUGCCUCGUUCCUCAUCUGGAAUGAGUCAUUACCACUUGUCCUGGUGAAACGCAAAUCUGGGCUUCCUGCGGUUCCAGAAGGCUGUGACUGGAAAUCCACAAGUGAGCUGGUGGUUGACGCUCAGCCCCGGCUUCCAGAAGGGCUUGUGGCUCUCUUCCACUGGGAAGCAGGAAGAAGUCAGUAAAUACACUUCACGUGUCUUCAGCAUUUAUUCUCAAAAGAGACAGUCACUGGACUUGGUUUUAAAGCAAAAUUUUGGACUGUGAAGCAAGGCAUUGGGCAAACACAACAUGGCCUCACCGGCUGACAGCUGUAUCCAGUUCACCCGCCAUGCUAGUGAUGUUCUUCUCAACCUCAAUCGCCUCCGGAGUCGGGACAUCUUGACCGAUGUUGUCAUCGUGGUGAGCCGUGAGCAGUUUAGAGCCCAUAAGACAGUGCUCAUGGCCUGCAGUGGCCUGUUCUACAGCAUCUUCACUGACCAGUUGAAAUGCAACCUGAGUGUAAUCAACCUGGAUCCUGAGAUCAGCCCUGAGGGGUUUUGCAUCCUCUUGGACUUCAUGUACACAUCUAGACUCAACCUGAGGGAAGGCAAUAUCAUGGCUGUGAUGACCACAGCUAUGUACCUGCAGAUGGAACAUGUCGUCGACACAUGCAGGAAGUUCAUCAAGGCCAGUGAAGCAGAAAUGGCCCCUGCACUUAAACCUCCCCGUGAAGAGUUCCUGAACAGCCGGAUGCUCAUGCCCUCUGACAUCAUGGCCUAUCGAGGUCGUGAGGUUGUGGAGAACAGUAUGCCACUAAGAAAUACUCCUGGGUGUGAGAGCAGAGCUUUUGCCCCUCCCCUGUACAGUGGCCUGUCAACACCACCAGCCUCUUACCCUAUGUACAGCCAUCUCCCCCUCAGCAGCUUCCUCUUCUCUGAUGAGGAACUCCGAGAUGCCCCCCGAAUGCCUGUCGCCAACCCUUUUCCCAAGGAGCGCGCCCUUCCCUGCGACAGUGCCAGGCCCAUCCCUAAUGACUACAGCCGGCCAGCCAUGGAGGUGUCCCCCAGCCUGUGCCACAGCAACAUCUACUCGCCCAAGGAGGCGGUCCCAGAGGAGGCUCGGAGUGACAUACACUACAGUGUGGCUGAGGGCCCCAAGCCUGCUGCCCCUUCUGUUCGGAAUGUCCCAUACUUCCCCUGCGACAAAGCCAGCAAAGAAGAAGAGAGACCCUCUUCAGAGGAUGAGAUCGCCCUGCAUUUCGAGUCCCCCAAUGCACCCUUGAACCGGAAGGGCCUGGUUAGUCCCCAGAGUCCCCAGAAAUCCGACUGCCAGCCCAACUCACCCACAGAGUCCUGCAGCAGCAAGAACGCCUGCAUUCUUCAGGCCUCUGGCUCCUCUCCAGCCAAGAGCCCCACUGACCCGAAAGCCUGCAACUGGAAGAAAUACAAGUUCAUCGUUCUCAACAGCCUCAAUCAGAACGCCAAACCUGAGGGCUCUGAGCAGGCAGAGCUGGGCCGCCUCUCCCCUCGAGCCUACCCUGCACCUCCGGCCUGCCAGCCACCUAUGGAGCCUACGAACCUUGAUCUCCAGUCCCCAACCAAGCUCAGUGCCAGCGGGGAGGACUCUACCAUCCCCCAAGCCAGCCGGCUCAAUAAUAUCGUGAACAGGUCCCUGGCAGGCUCUCCCCGAAGCAGCAGUGAGAGUCACUCGCCACUCUUCAUGCACCCCCCAAAGUGCACGUCCUGUGGCUCUCAGUCCCCACAGCAUACAGAGAUGUGCCUCCACACUGCUGGGCCCACGUUCCCUGAGGAGAUGGGAGAGACCCAGUCAGAGUAUUCGGAUUCUAGCUGUGAGAACGGGGCCUUCUUCUGCAACGAAUGUGACUGCCGUUUUUCUGAGGAGGCCUCCCUCAAGAGGCACACGCUGCAGACGCACAGCGACAAGCCAUACAAGUGUGACCGCUGCCAGGCCUCCUUCCGCUACAAAGGCAACCUCGCUAGCCACAAGACCGUCCACACAGGUGAGAAACCCUAUCGCUGUAACAUUUGUGGAGCGCAGUUCAAUCGGCCAGCCAACCUGAAGACCCACACUCGAAUUCACUCUGGAGAAAAGCCCUACAAAUGUGAAACCUGUGGGGCCAGAUUUGUGCAGGUGGCCCACCUCCGUGCCCACGUGCUCAUCCACACUGGAGAGAAGCCCUACCCCUGUGAAAUCUGUGGCACCCGCUUCAGGCACCUUCAGACUCUAAAGAGCCACCUGCGAAUCCACACAGGAGAGAAACCUUACCAUUGUGAGAAGUGUAACCUGCACUUUCGUCACAAAAGCCAACUGCGACUCCAUUUGCGCCAGAAGCACGGCGCCAUCACCAACACCAAGGUGCAAUACCGCGUGUCGGCCGCUGACCUGCCUCCGGAGCUCCCCAAAGCCUGCUGAAGCAUGGAAUGUUGACUCUUUCCUCUUCCAGCCCCUUCUCAGAAUCUACCCAAAGGAUGCUGUAACACUUUACAAAGGUCAUCCCAUGCUGUAGUGCCUCUCUCAUCCACUAGUGCAAAUCAUAGUUGG